AUGUCGCAAGAUAUUAGUAAACCUUCUCUGGAGGUGCGAGCAAUGAAACGUGAUGAUAUGGUUACCGUACACCGCCUCAUACAUGAGUUGGCCAAGUUCGAGGGUGUUCCCGAUGGUCCCCGGCUCAGUGUUCAGGUCGUAGUGUCCCGCAGCGAGCCGAACAUUAAUGAGUGUUCGUCAUUGAUUGUCUUAGAUCUUAUAGAGGACGGGUUCGAGUGUUCGUGUCCGUGGUUCUUCGGUCUGGUCGCGUGUCGCGGGGAGCGCGUGGUGGGCUACGCUCUCUGUAACCGCGCGUACUCCUCCUGGACCCGGCGGGCCUUCUACCUCGAGGACCUGUUCGUGCUACCGGAGGAGAGGGGGAGCGGAGUCGCCACCAUCAUGAUACAGGAACUGUGCCAGAUGGCGGUGAGGGAGGGCGUCCACCGCGUGGACUGGCACGUGCUGGAGGACAACGAGACCGCGCUCAGGUUCUACGGUAAGUUGGGAGCUGUGGACAUGAGGAGGAGCGAGGGACGCGCGGCGCUCAGGCUGCACAGAGACAGGAUAGAGGCCGUGGCGCGGGGAGAGAUGAUGUAG